AUGUCUUCGAGUUUUAUGACCAAAAAUGAAGGCCAAGAUGUUGAGGAAAGACCCCAAAUCCCAGCUGACGCCGAGAUCAUCGACUUGACCGCUCUCCGUGACAGCUCUAUGGAUGAAGGGGAAGAAACGGAUGACAGUGGCUCGAAGAAUGGCUCUUCGGGCUAUGAAGAGCUUGUCAUUAACGAACAUUCCAGAGCACAACGGCGCGUUGCCUUAAAGACCGUUCCAACAAUGCGGUUACAGAAAAUUCUGAUGGCAUUGAUUGAACAAAUUCCCGCCAUAGAAAGAGCUAUGACGAAGGAAUUUGUCAGUUCCAGGGUGAAAGCGUUGGAAAGGCACCGCGAAGAGGAUGAUGAAUUCGAACAAGAACAAGUUAAAUGUUGUACCAAGUGCCACCAAGACUACGGUGCCGCCGUUGAACCUGAGAAUGGCGCGUGUUCAUUUCAUCCAGGUACGACAUACUCCCGAAUCCUCCCCCAUUUGGAGUUGUUACGAUAUAACGAAUCCACAGGAAAUACGGAACCUAAUAGGGAAUGUUCAUUGAUUGGGGCGAAGAUGUACAAGGUCCAAUUGCUUGCGAAACGAUGGCACAAAAGGAGUAUCCGGCAAAUCUUUCUUGGUCUUGCCGUGAAGAACCUGGUGUCGGUUCAGGAUGCGUCAAAAUGGCGCGUGAAUUCGUUAGUUCACAUAAUAAAAGUGUCAGACAGAUUGGUGCCGCUUUUCCGCCACUUUCUUGAUUUUCAUCGUUGGCUGUACUCCGUUGACCACAUUGUUCUAUACUUCACGGAUAGGAUGCUUUACGAAGCAAGAACGAAAAAAGGGCGUCUAGUCAGGCAUGCCGCUUUCAGAAGACUCCGUCAGGACGAGCAGGCAUGA